AAUAUCGACCACUUGACCCCUCCAAUACCGUCACAAUGGGUCACGCCGCAGGUCUUCGCGCAGGCACUCGCUAUGCCUUCUCCCGCGACUUCAAGAAGAAGGGUAUGAUCCCUCUCGGAACCUACCUCAAGCAGUACAAGGUCGGAGACAUCGUCGAUGUUGUCGCCAACGGUGCCGUUCAAAAGGGCAUGCCAUAUAAGGUCUACCACGGAAAGACCGGUGUCAUCUACAACGUCACGAAGUCCGCUGUCGGUGUCAUUCUCUACAGACAAGUCGGCAACCGCUACAUCGAGAAGCGCAUCAACGUCCGUGUCGAGCAUGUCCGCCACUCGCGCUCGCGAGAGGAGUUUCUUACUCGUGUGAAGACCAACGCUGCCAAGAAGAAGCAGGCCAAGGAGACCGGCGAGCGUGUCUAUCUCAAGAGACAGGCUGCCGUUCCACGGGACGCACACACUGUCAGCGGAAAGGACAACAAGCCAGAGAACGUUGCACCGAUAGCCUACGAGACCACGAUCUAGAAAACUGGAGUGGGAAUUGUCGGCGUGCUUUUGCAAUGGGCGCAUAUGAGGGUGGGGCAUUGGCUUUUGAUGACGGGCAUUAUGAGCAGCGAAUGUGGUCCAGAAAGGAAUUUCGCAUGCUGACCCAAGCCUUUCCGUAGCCAGCGAAUUGAACUUGCAUGCUUGAAGGACUGUGAAUAUGUGACUGCACUUUGUUUCUGCUUAUGGGCAAUAGACCAGACGCCGCGGCCUUUUCCACGCAGCCUGUCAAACAAAUCCUUGCAGAAAAGUCACGCGAGUCAGGAGCCAAGACUCUGAACCUCGACUCAACACUUCCACCGCAAG